UCUCAAAGGAUUUAGGGUGGGCAGUGACUGAGUUGUCAGUUUGUUGCUGCUGGAUGCGCAACAUGGGAGUCCUCCAGACCAGGAUGGGAUAGGUGACAGUGUUUUAUCCAGCUUUAUAUGUCUGUGUCCUCUAAAAAUUCCCAAAUGCCUUUCUGGGCCGCAUUCCUCAUGUAGUGUCAUGAAGUCCUGGUACCUGAGUGCCAGUCCCUCCAUCCCUUCACCUGGGGAGGAUGAUGCCCAUUCCCAGGAAUGUUCCCCAGGCAUCCCAUGGGACUCACGGAUCCCUCAGGGCUGUGGCCAUCACCACAAUGUCCCCACAUCCAGAGGCUGCAGAGAGACAGGUGUCUGUGAGGAGAGCCCAUGCUGAACCAGCCCCAUGAUCCUGGUGCUGAACCUUCACCUUCUCUUCUCCUCCUAGAUGGAUCCAAAGGCAGUAAAUCCAUCCGGCAGAAGCUGGAGAGCUUCUCAAAGGAGAGGAAAGACUGCUCUCCUCACACCUUCGGGAUCCCGCUCUCCCAAGUCAUUGCCAACGACCGCGCCUACCGGCAGCUCCAGGAAGCCGUGGGGAAGAGCCGCCGGCUCUGCCUGGAGGUGGAGGCCACGGUGACCAGGUUUCGGGCUCAGAGGCAGAAGAAAUCCGGGAUGGGCCCAAGGUGUGUCCGAGCACCUGAUGGGGGCUUCCCCGAGGAGCCGCUUUCCCCAACUCUUCUGGACAAGAGCUCCUGGAGCCAGCGGAGGGGGGCCAUGUCCGUGGAUUCCAUCACCGACCUGAGCGACAACGCGUCCAAGCUGCUGGAGGCGCUGCAGCUCUCGCACCCCCACGAGCUGGACCCACGGAGAAUCCUGGGCAAGAAGAAGAUGCUGAGCCUCAACCCCAUCAGCUGGCAGGUCCCACGGAUCGUGGACAGGUGCUGCACGCACAUUGAGAUGCACGGUCUCCAAACAGUGGGAAUCUUCCGCGUUGGGAGCUCCAAGAAAAGAGUUCAGCAGCUGAGGGAAGAGUUUGACCAAGGGCUGGAUGUUUUUUUGGAUGAGCAUCAAAGUGUUCAUGAUGUGGCUGCUCUGCUCAAAGAGUUUCUUCGGGAUAUGCCGGAUUCCCUGAUUCCCAGAGAGCUCUAUGGAGCCUUCCUCAGCACAGCCACCAUGGAGGGGCCAGCACAGCUGGAUGCCCUCCAACUGCUGCUCUUCCUGCUGCCCCCCUGCCACAGCGACACCCUGCACCGGCUCCUGCGCUUCCUGGGAGAGGUGGCCCGGCACGCCGAGCGCUCCUGGGAUGCCGACGGCCGGGAGGUUCCCGGGAAUAAAAUGACAGUUUCCAACCUGGCCACUGUCUUUGGUCCCAACAUCCUGCAGAAGGAGAAGCCCGGAGAGAAAGAUGCCAGUGCCCUGAACUUUGAGGACAGUGCUGCCAUAAUCCUGGUGCUCCAGAGGCUGAUCGAGCACCACCAGGCCCUGUUCAUGGUCUCUCCAGAGAUGCAGUGUGACAUCCUGAGGAGGCUGUUCCAGACAGAUCCCGACGUCAUUGACUACCUGCUGCGCAGGAAGUUCCCUGCUGUGCUGCACCUGGAGCGUGAGGGUUCCGCAGAGGGCCCCUCUCCCUCGGCACUGCCUGGCUGGACACGCAGCCUGGAGAGCAGCUCGGUCUCCUCGGAGCUCUACAGCAACGUCUCAUUCUUGAACCUGCACAUUGGCAUCUAGUGAGCCCCUGGCCAAGCCCUCUGGACAAACUGGGCAGCCUUUCCCAGCGAAAACUGGUCCUCUGCCCCACUUUGGGGGGAAAGCCCUGUGCCUGUGCCGUGGGGGUGCGUGUGUGGGGCAGAGCUGUGCUCGGGAGCCACCAGCGUGGGCUGUCACCUCCUUGUAGGUCCAAAGCACUGCCGUGCCCUUGGCACAGCCCUGCCUUCUGCCAUCUGUUUCACUGGAGUUUGGGGAAUGAGAUUCCCAUCCCCAGAGCUGAGGGGACUGGGGCGUCCAUCUUUCAAGGGAAGGCUGAGGGAGCUGGGACUGUUCAUCCCU